UCAUAGCCACUCCCACCGUGGAAAUCGCGUUUUCUUCGGUUUCAAGGUCUACUUCAUAUUGAUUACCUAGGUAUCUAAGUACCUACCAUGUAAACUGGGAUGUUUACGUGGGUGGUUACCUAGGUACUUGAUAAUAGGGAAUCUUCUGAUUGUUCCUCUCAGCUAGAGUUUCUAGCUUCUCGAGAAGUUCAACCUGGCAUAACCACAAGGUAGUGACCAUAUUUAAGGCCAUGCUACUGUUUCAAAUCAUUGCUUUAUCGGAAAGCUACAUCAUAAACCUAAGCGACUGGGGAAGCAACAUAUCAUUCUUCUCGCCUUGGCGAGCGGAAUAAACAAACUUUGGUAGCCCACAAUGUCGGCGUACCAACGAAGAGCAUCGAGGGCGUAUGACGACGAUCGAAGGCGACCAAAUGAACCUAGACGACCUUAUGACUCGGACCGCGACCGGGUCCGCGACAUGGAAUUCGGUCCACGUGGUUCGGGAGACACGAGAGAUUUGCCCAGGGCUAGGCCUGCCCGAAGUCCCAGGAGAGACAUUAUGAGAGACGAUACUAAUGCGUCGAAGGGUCUUCAUAUAGACACCAAGGUUGCAGAAGGCGCGAGACGCUCAAUUUCAGCUACUCAUUCUCCAGCUAGUGCUUUGAGUACUGCUCCAAGUACUCGUCCCACUCCGACUGAACCCGCCGCCGAUAGACUUACUAAGACGAACAAGGUAUCGAACUCUGCAGUAGCUGCCCCUACCUCAAAAGCUAAGGAUCCUAAAAUGCAGACGGUAGUUGAAGAUGCCAUCAAAUGGGUUGCGUCAUAUACAGAGUUCCUACGCUUAAAAUCGCGUCAGGACAAACUCUCCAGUGAGGAUACUCGGCGUCAAUUUGAGGUUGACAAAAUCUCAAGUAAAAUCGAUGAUUACGCGCCGUUCGCCGAGUUUCAACGACGGAUCGAGCAAAAACGGGAUCGCGAUAAUUUCUCUAAGGAGCUUACUGCAAAAGAAUCGCAGUUUAGAGAGGAAUUAGAGAAAGGCAUAUCUUCCCUGCUAGCGUAUAAAUCUGCAGAUCCGCAAACAACUACACAGAAUGCUGCCAUCUCAGCCCUAGAAGCCAAGUUUGCCAACUUUGAGAAGCAAUCUUCCGAGCAGCAACAGCAAAUUUCCGAGCAGAAAGAACAUAUUGAAGAGCAGAAGGAGCAAAUACUGGCCCAACAGAAAGAGAUUGCCGAGACUCAGAUUCAGAUUCAAUCCGUCCAGAAUGACCGAGAGAAGACGACAGAAGCCCUUACCAACUUAGAUAACGAUUUCAAGGGGUUAAAGGCUGAUUUUAUUGCUCUUAAAUCCGAGAACGAUGAUCUCAAGCAGCAAAUCAAGCAGUUCAAAUCUACAAAAGAAACCCUGGAUGGCUUAUCUAAGGAGCUCCAAUCCAUCGCAAAUCGGGUUGACAACGUCGAAAGAGGAGUAACUGCUUUCAUGAAUAAGGUUGAAGAUCUUGACAUGGAAACGUAUAAUGAGAUCCUAGAGGCUUGGAUCGAUUAUGAUUUGAAGGGCAAAGUUAUUUCCAAUGACAAACGAACCACGGCUUUACACGAUGACCUCAGAGACCUCAGGAAAUCAAUGGCCGACGAAAUAAGCAGAGAAGUCGGCAAGAAUGACCCGCUCAUUCAGGAUUUGAGAAAAAGCCUUGAAGCAAUGGAGGAUUCGCGACAUGCUGCUCCUCCACCAAGCUAUCCAACGCCAGAAGAGGCACAACCUCCGCAGCAAGCAUUUGUAGAUGAAAAGAUCAAUGCUUUUAAUAAGGUUGUCCAGAAGAUAGUGGCCGAUUCUGGGGAUGCUUGCGCCGACAUGGUCGACGAGGUGUUAAUUCGUAUUGACAAAAUUGAGAAAAUGGUUAAAAGUCUAGAACAACCUCCCUCGAAGGACACUGACAUAGCCGCACUAGUCGACCCCUUAAAACAAUCUAUAGCAGAGCAAAACUUGGAUGCUAUGGAUAUGAAAACCCGUAUUGGCGAGCUCGAGGGUCAAAACUUCAACCAAAGGUUCGAGAAUGUUGGUAUCAAUCUCGGUAGUAUCGACAAGAAAAUACAGACUAUGCAGGAAAGCAUCAAUAAUUUGGGAUCCACUUCCACUGCUUAUAAUCAACUUGCCCACGCCAUCAAACCGGCUGUCGAAGAUGCCCGAAUGAGGAUCGAUGCGCUGGAUCAUGCUAUACGAACUUUAGACAAGCAAUGGGCAAACGUCAGUACCAAGAGUAUGGCGGACUUGAUAAUUCACCAACUUGACCCUUAUGCUCGGCCCCACGAAACGCGUAUUGUGGCCAUAGAGAAGGAAAUUUCGCUGUUAAGAGACAAAGUCUCAAAAGUUGAACAGACGAAGGACAGCAUGAGAUUAGCUGAAAUUGCAAAGGCUUCUCUUGAGAAGGGUGGGAAAAGACAAGCUUCCCCGAGUUCACCCAUCGAUGAUCCGUCGAAGAAAAGAAAGCUUUUGCCAAACGGCAGGCCCUUUCCGCAGCCACCCCCGCUGCGUAGCAACAGCACUAAUUUAUAAUUCUCGCCAUAGCAAGUUUGCCUCCUGAGCUUAUGACUGUCAUUUGCUCUCACCUUAGGGGGGAUUUUAUGAGUGCAAGCUACAUAUGCAAGCCGAUAGAAUGAUACCAAAAUGUGGUAUCACACCAGGGCCAAAGAGCCCCAAAAUCAUCAUGCAAUUAACACCUCCGUGGUGUAAUGGAU